AUGACGGAACGAGCGCGAUAUUACGCACGGGGCAAAGUGGCGUGUUCCUGUAUCAAUGACUCGUGCCACGCUGAUAAGGAUGUGUGGUCACGGCGCAAGCAAUCAAGCAAUCAGACGGCCAUCAAGCGAACGGCUCAGAACGCACUCGCAGCCGCCAAUGCGGCGCGCAUUUGUCAAGAUGUCAAGCAAGCGCCGCGAUUCCCGCCAUUGCAGCAAUUGCUCUAA